CCCUUUUCCCUCCUCGACCCUCCGUCUCGUUCUCUUUCGCAGGGCGGUGGUGAACUUCAGGGAACGGGAGAAAGACAUCCUGGACACGAUCCUCGGGGAACCCGGGAAAGACGGGGACGGGAGAGACUGGAAAAACCGGACCCAAUACGACGCCCGCAUCCGACCCUCGGGCGUCAAUAACACAGGGACCGGGAUUCCGGACAACGCCACCGACGGACCGACUAUCGUUCACAUUAAUAUCUUCGUUAGAAGCAUCAGCAGAAUUGAUGAUGUUACCAUGGAAUACAGCGUUCAGCUGACCUUCCGGGAGCAAUGGAAGGACGACCGACUGACUUUCAACGACAUGGGAGGGAAGAUCAAGUACCUGACCCUGACGGACCCGACCAAGCUGUGGAUGCCGGAUCUCUUCUUCCAGAACGAGAAAGAAGGUCACCUCCAUAACAUCAUCCUUCCGAACGUCUUUCUCCGGAUCUCACCCGACGGUGGAGUCAUGUACAGCAUAAGAAUCUCGUUGACCCUGAGCUGCCCCAUGAACCUGAAGCUUUACCCCCUGGACAGGCAGACGUGCCAGCUUCGUAUGGCCAGCUAUGGAUGGACGACCGAGGAUUUGGUUUUCCUAUGGAAAGAUGGAGAUCCCGUUCAGAUUGUGAAGAAUCUCCAUCUACCCAGAUUCACUCUGGAGAAAUUCUAUACGGACUACUGCAACAGCAAAACCAAUACCGGAGAGUACAGCUGCUUGAGGGUGGACUUGAUGUUCAAACGGGAGUUCAGCUACUAUUUGAUCCAGAUCUACAUCCCAUGUUGCAUGCUGGUCAUCGUGUCCUGGGUCUCGUUUUGGCUCGAUCAAAAUGCCAUCCCGGCCCGGGUGUCCUUGGGUGUGACGACCCUGCUCACUAUGGCCACACAGACCUCGGGUAUCAACGCCUCUUUACCCCCGGUCUCCUAUACGAAAGCCAUCGACGUUUGGACGGGCGUCUGCCUCACGUUCGUCUUCGGGGCUCUACUGGAAUUCGCCCUCGUCAAUUACGCGUCUCGUUCCGAUAUGCAUCGCGAGAACAUGAAGAAGCAGCGGCGGCAAUGGGAAACCGAGCAAGCGGCUCUGGAAGCAGCUGCCAUGCAUUCGGAUCAUCUCGAGGACGGUAACGCCACUUUCAACAUGCGAAGGCACGCCAGUGUGAAAUUCACAUGGGUGGAAGUAAGAGAAGCAAUUGCUGCAAGUCCUGGCUCUCCAAGUUCCCCACUAGAAGCAAACGGAUCGACGUCAUCUCUCGCAUCACCUUCCCGCUCGUCUUCGCCCUGUUUAACCUCGUAUAUUGGUCUACCUAUCUCUUCCAAGAGGAACGAGAAGAUUAAAGAUAGUCGACUCUCUCGACGGUUCUUCCACGAAAACUUUUCUCCACAGGAAAAUAGGACGGAUAGAAAUGCGAUCGGAUCUACUGUAGGUAGAAGGCUAAAUAAAGGCAUCCCGACCGUCGUCUUCCCUCCCUCCCGAGUAGGCCUAAGCAAGGGAAGAGCAUGUCGUUUCCGGUCUCGACAUGUAGCGGCCCGUUACGAAUUCCAGCAUUUCUCUGAAUGUGUUUCUACAGGGGAAUACAGUUGCCUCCGAGUGGACUUGAUCUUCAAACGAGAGUUCAGCUACUAUCUCAUUCAGAUCUACAUUCCAUCGUGCAUGCUGGUCAUCGUAUCCUGGGUGUCGUUUUGGUUGGAUCAUAGUGCAGUCGUGGCCCGCGUGAGCCUGGGUGUGACAACCUUGCUGACCAUGGCCACCCAGACGUCUGGCAUCAAUGCUUCCCUUCCUCCGGUCUCCUAUACGAAGACGCCGAAACGAGCGCCGUGCCUCUCCGUGCCUCCUGUCUUGAAUCGACCCCAAAGUUCAAAGUCGAACUUUGGGGUGAAUUCAAGCAGGGUAGGUAUCUCAUACAGUCGGACCAGAAGUUUCUGUCGUUCUAAACGUCGUCGAUCUCAUUCCCUGUUCACCGAGGAAUUGGAGAUCACCGUGUUUGUAAGGCUCACAGGAGUUGUCCAAAAUGAGGGAAAGAAAGCCAAGAGACAACGAUGCUCUUUCACGGGUGUCAUCGAGAAACACCAUGAAGUGGGCAGCAAGCCUCUUCUCAAGAACUGCCUUCAAAGUAUCGUACCUCUGGCUUCCAUCUACGUUAAACUUGAAUGGGAACCCCUUAUGAGUGUAAAAGCAAAGCGAGAAUCGUGGCACGAAUCAUCUAAAGAGGUCAUCUACGUGUACAUAAGAGUAAUCCGUUCCAUUGGGAGCCUCUAUCCAGUGAAAAUAAAAUCGGUCCUUUUCACGAUGCAGGCCAUCGACGUGUGGACGGGUGCGUGUCUCACCUUCGUAUUCGGGGCACUUCUGGAGUACGCCCUCGUCAAUUACGCUUCCAGGUCGGACAUGCAUCGCGAAAGGGCCCUGAAAGAGAAAAAACAGCGGGAAAUGGAACAUACGGCCGCUUUGGAGGCAGCCGGAUUCGCCGCUAUGAAGCCGUUGAUGGGAGGUCAUCAUCCUCACCAUCACCAUCACCACCAGAACGAGGCAGAACUCAUGGCUUUGGAAUCCAUCCCCUUCGACGUGGAAUACCCGAGAAGCGGUCGAACAGGAAUUUUGUGCUGGGGGAACAAGAUCCCGUCCCGCCCGAAGAGAAUCGACGUCAUCUCGCGCAUCACCUUCCCUCUUUUCUUUGCUCUCUUCAAUAUCGGUUAUUGGGCUCAUUACCUCUUCCACGACGAACAGCUCUAAACGCUCCCGCAUCGUCUGUUUCUUUUCCUCCUUCUCGAUCUCCCUCUUUCGCGACCGUAAUUUCCUCCUUCCGUUCCUCCUCUUUCCUGAGUUUAUCAGACGUUUUUCACCUCCAUUUUAGAACGGAUCGUACGCACGGACGAUAAAGAAGUAGAAGAAGGGGUGGAUGAAAUUCCCAUCCAGUUUUUCGUCCAGAUCAUUUUUUGUGUGCGAUUAAUUUCAAUCACGAGACGUUCCACUCGGACCUCGGCCCCUCGACGACUCUGCAGACUUCGGAUUUAAAAUUUAAAUGCUCAAAUGGAAAUACCGAAGGCGGAGAUGUUUCACUUUAAAUUUGGGUGUUGUAGUGCGAGUCGGAGAGAGUGAAGAGUGAUCGGAGAGGAACGCAGCCUGUAGAAGGAGAAGCCAUCUUUCUUUCAUACCAGUAUGAUAAAUAAAGCUUGCCGUG